CCUGGACGUGGUCUUAUCAGCGCUGGUCUCGCUCUGUUGCCUCCGACGCCGCGACUCACCUCGCUCGGCGAAGCGAUCUGGGGGUGGCUGCCCCUCGAGCAGGAUGCCACCCAAGCGCUCGACGGAACGCUCGACCAGCUGCUGCACGCGGUGAUGGUGUCCAUUAUCGACGCGUUCACGCUGCACCGCGUGCCGCCCUGCGUCCCGGAGCUGGUCGGCGACGGCGGCUUCAGGCCUAGCACGCUGUACAUGGACAUGGGGUGGCCCAAGGGUGCUCGCCGGCCGGUGUGACCGACGCGCUCUCCUCAACGCGGCUCCGGAUAUCGGCCAUGACUCCUCAGCGACGGCUCCUACCGGAUAAUCAUACCCUCCACGACACUGGCGUACACGGCGACGGUCCCGUGCACCGGCGCCGUGCCGAGCCGUCCUCCUGCUCGGCAACCAGCUCCGCCGUGUCUCGAUGCCGGCAGCAUCCGGUGCGUCGCCGCCGGCGACACCGCCCGCUGCGGCGAGUGGCAUGUGCGGUGGCGCGCCCUGCUGCGUGGCCGCCGCCGGCUCGGACGUGGCCGCGGCUGGAGCCGGGCCUGGGUCGGUCGCGGCCAGAGCCAAAAAAUGGAGCGCAGCUAGGGCUGCGCAGCGAACAGGAGCGAGUUCGCGCUGCGGUGCUCAGUACGGCGAGUUCGCGCUGCGGCCUGCUCGGGCUGGCACUUGAUGAGAUUUUAUCUCUCGCGUCUCGGCUGCGUUGGCUCGCGCCAAAGUCUUUUUUAUCGGUGCGUUUUAGCUGUUUUAGCAGCAAACGUCCGAAUUUUGCAGCGAUGACCGAUGUGGGAGCGCGAGCGGCGCGAGUGCGGCGAGAGGCUUUUCGCUUUGGUGCGAGAGACGGUCUCAGACCCAAAGAGAGAGUUAUCAGAAUGCAGAAUCUAAUGUUUU